CCCAACAGGAGGCUGGCCAAGGGGACCCUGGUCUUGGUCAGGAGAAGAAGAAGAAGAAAAGUGACUCUCCAAACCACCCGACUUUUCUGUCCAAAGAUCAACCUCUUAAUCAAGAUGAAGGAUUUUCCCACUAGCCUCCAGAGAUCCCAGAAGGCAAUGCUUCUGUCAGGCUUCAUCCUGAGCUGCCUUUUGCAGCUGGCCGCAGCCCACCAGCAUAGUUUUUCAGUCAUUGGUGAGCCACGCAGCCCCAGGUGGGGUCAGAACGUCACGCUCUCCCUGCGAGGCGGUCCAUCCAGUUUUGUGCAAUGCCAAUGGGUCCGAGAUAAUAGUCAGGAGCAAGCGGAGUCGGGCACCAUCCUGACCUACUCCCCGGAGAAACGUCCCUCCUCAACCCAGGGCAAGGCCUACAGCGGGCGAGAGAGAGUCGAACGGGAUUGCUCUCUCCAUAUCAGGAGCCUGAGGAAGUCGGACGUGGGAAAAUACUCCGUGACGAUAAACACGGGUUCAACCCAGCAACAAGGGGAUACCCAGAUCCAAGAGAAAACCUACCAAAGCUCUUUCUAUUUGCAGUUGUCAGAGUCUGGUCAAGUUUCCAUCAAGGUGGAGCCCAGGCCGAAAUAUCCCAGUCUGGGCCAGAGCGUCACCUUGGUGCCGCAAGGGUUUCCGAGGGAAUUUCAUUUUUGUGAAUGGUUCCGACAAACCCGUUUCGGAACUGAGGAGCGCAUCCAUACGUACAUCCCGGGGGAGACACAGAGCCAGCAACAGAAGAGGGAGAAGGUGCAGCAAGACUGCUCCUUGACCAUCACGCAACUCACUGCGGCAGACACUGGCAACUACACCAUAAUGGCAGAAGCCCCUUCCCAACCGGGGAAAGGGACUGAACAACAAGGAACGGAUGAGUUGAAUCAGUUCUACGUGGGCCAUGUGUACUUAGAGGUCAACCAACAAUCCGAAAAGAACUCACACUCUGCCUUCAAUUCUGGGCCUAACUCCUUGACGUACAGCGCAUGGAUUGUGGCCGGAGCCUUCCUCGCAUCCUUUGCCUGGGCAGAGUCCCUCACAGCCCUGUUUUCCAUCUUCUUCUCUUCUUCUGUAGAUAAGCGGCUCACAAUCAACUGAGAAAUUAUAUUGCAUCUUUCAUGCUCCGGAUCCCAAAAGUCUUUUUAAUAUAAUAUGCAUAUUUCCUUUCUCUUCGUACAAAAACAAUCUAGACUAUGUGCAACCUAUAGGGACAUGCAGCUACUGUAUCUCAUAUAUUGCUUGUUACAUGUAUGUCUUUGUUUCCACCCCGGUAAGUAAUGCAUGUUAUCAUUUGGAAUAAAGUUAUUAUAUGCCUAUAA